AUGCUUCGCACCUCUAGGGGCCGCGGCCAUAAGGCUCACAAGGCCUUCUUUGUGGUCUUUGUUUGUUUAGGCACCAAGGCCGUCCAUUUGGAAGUGGCCUCCGACUACACCGCAGCUGGAUUCCUGGCGGCAUUCAGACGAUUUGUCUCCCGGAGAGGCCUCUGUCAGACACUGUACUCGGACUGCGGCACAAACUUCGUGGGUGCCGACUCGCAGUUACGAGCGCUCUUCCGGGCGAGCACCUCCGAGGGGCGUCAGAUUGGAGCGGCACUGGCUGCUGAGAGAGUGACUUGGCGAUUCAAUCCGCCCUCGGCCCCAUACUUCGGUGGAAUCUGGGAGGCGGCAGUCAAGUCGCUCAAGCAUCAUCUCCGACGAGUAGUGGGAGAUGCUACACUUACCUUUGAGGAGAUGACUACCCUCCUCGCACAAAUAGAGGCGUGCCUCAACUCACGUCCGCUCUGGGCCUUGACCGACGAUCCCGACGACAUAACAGCUUUAACUCCGGGUCAUUUUCUCGUAGGAACAUCGCUGCUCACUAUCCCGGAACCCGCGCCUUUGCAAUCAGGAGACCAUCAAUUGUCACGGUGGCCGAUGGUGCAGCGGAUGCGGAGUCACUUUUGGAAUCGAUGGGCCGCGGAGUACCUGCAUUCGCUGAACCACAGGCCGAAAUGGUGGAGAACCAGCUCAGAAUUCUCGCCAGGGAGACUGUGUCUGGUGCGAAAUGAAUGCACCCCGCCUUCCCGGUGGCCGCUGGCGCGAAUCGUUCGAGUGCAUCCCGGUAGUGACGGACACGUCAGAGUGGCUACGGUGAAGACAGCCAGCACUGAAUUAAGGAGACCAAUUGUCAAACUCGUUCUCCUCCCGCGUGCGGCCGAACCAGGCGUCGCCUGCACGCCGAGCGAUUCACCGUCAUGA